UGCAGAUCGCAAAGGCUUGAGGGUCCGGGAUUUACCGACCUCACUCGAGCAUCUCCGAGAUGCCGACGUAUCCUGAACGCCUUCCAAAUGUGCAACCUCAGUCCUCGAGUGGUCUACUCGGGAGGCGAGGUUGAAGGGAGGGGAAAGAAACGUCUCGGUCGAGAGAAAUCGCGGGACACCCGAUCCGCCUCGCACAGCCACACUUCAUUCGUAACGCGGAGGUCCUGGUCGCGGGCGCGGUAACAGAAGAGCCAACAUGGACGCCCUCAGAGCCGUGGCUUUCAGCAUGCUGCUAUGCUUGGCUUCCUCUGGGACUCUAAAUGAAAACGAGGAGACCGCCUUCCUCGGCGAGCACUUCCACAUCCUCCUGCCCGGUGGCGGCGCUGAGGUGACGUUCAAGCCAGCGGUCGGGCCGGCGGGCCGCGAGCUGACACUGAUGUCAGCGGGCUCGGUGGUGAACCCUCGGGUCAAGCUGAACCAGGCUUUGACUCAUCUGAUUCUGGAGAACGUGGGCGAGAGCGACGAGGGAGUCUACGUCAUCAAGCCCGCCCAGAACCCUCAGGACAUCAUGCGUCUGAAGCUCAUCGUCAGAGACUGCACCAUCGAGGACAGCGUGAAGUACGGCGGAGACUUCCACCUCUCGCUGCUCGGAGUCUCCGCCCCAGUGGGCGUGGGCUUCCGCCACGGUGGCAUCGAGGCCAAUCGGACGUCUGAGCCGGCGAUGGAGCUUCUGGACAGCUUCCGGAACCCGCAGCCGGGGUACGAGAACCGGCUAGUCAUCACCGAGCAACGGCUCGUCCUGCAUGCCGUUACCGGGGCCGACGAGGGCAGCUACACCAUCACCGACAGCGACGGGAAAGUGAGCAAGAAGAUUUGCCUCAACGUGAAAGAGCAUCAGAACUUUGUCAGCGUACCGUAUGGCGGAACCUUUAAACUGAACCUACACUUAAACAGUUCCUUGGUCCGACUGAUCUAUUCGCCCAACUCCGGUGCUGAUGGCCGCUCCUGGACGAUCAUGGACAGGGCCGCGCUGACCCUGCCUGCUGAGCUUGACCUGGAAGGCCGCAUGUUACUGGAAGACUCCAUGUGUAUCCUGGAGAACGUGAAACCCAGCGACGCAGGAGUGUAUCAGGUCACCGAUCUCCAGGGCUUCGCAGUGGCCAAGUUUUACCUGGAAGUGAACGCGUACCGGCUGCCGGACGUCUACGUGGCGGUCAUUUCCCUGACGGCCCUGGUAGUGGUGCUGUUGCUCGUCUGCCUGCUGUCGUGCUUGGUGAAAGUGCGGAAAAGAGCUGAGAAGGUGCGCGCCAUCGAGAAGAUCGCCCAGAACGCGGGGAAGGACGAGGGGGGCACCUUCAGACAGGUGGUCCAGGAUGCCUUAUCCCAUCAAAAUGAGGAGGCCCCGGUCCUCUCACAGAAAGAAGACAUCACAGAGAAAUCCCAAAGCACUGAAGUUAGCAUUAAGGGCUUGGAGGUGUCUGCUAAAGAUACAAGUAUCCAUGAUAAGAAUUUGGAGACCAGCGACUCAGGAGUGGGCUUCACCACAGCUGGUCUCCCACUGGACAGUGACACCGAGGCACCAUCAGUGCCCAUCACAGAGGCUGAUUUCCUGAGCUCCUCUGGUGCCAAACCCAUUGCCAGUCAAGUCCCCGAGCCCAAACCCACCGUUACUAUAACGUCAGAACCGGCAAAACCAGCAGCUGAAAAAACGGCACCAGUUCCAAAACCAGAACCCUCAACUGAACCCAAACACGCUGUAACAUUAAACCACGAACCAAAAAUGGCUGUCUCACCUGCUUCUGAAAUGAAAGCAAGCUUGAGUCCAUCUGUAGAACCCAAACAAGCCAUCAGCCCAACUCCUGAAGUCAAACCAGUCCUAGAGGUCAAACCAACACCUGCUCCUGAAGUCAAACCCCCUUCAAGCCCGGAACCCCCAAAAGCUGUGACACCAGCUACCGACCCAAAGCCAGCAGUCUCUCCAACACCUGACCUUACAUCAGCCAAACCAGCUACCUCUGGCCCCACACCUGCUGUGAGUGUGCCACCACAGUCCACACCAGCAGCCACUAUUCCAACCCCUGAUCCCAAGCCUGCUCUUUCUCCAUCUCCAGACCCUAAACCAGCUCUCUCACCCUCCUCUGAUCUCAAGCAACCAGUCUCACCAACCACUGAUCCAAAGCCAACCACCAAUGGUACCCUUGAGCCCAAGGCAGAUGUAGGCUCUUCUCUGGGACUGGAUCUGAAAGGCCCCGAAGCACCAGCUUCGGCUCCUCCUAAAACCCCAGACACUGAGAAAAGCUCAGGAAAGGCUCCUGAGGUCAUCUCCAGCGGGGGUCCCACUCCAGAGGCCAAAGUGACCUCGGCCUUGCCCAGCGAUGGAGCCUCUGGUGCAGGCAAGGAAGAAGCCUCCACCACCUGAGGUCCAGACCACUGCCUAAUUUCUGCUCCCUCCCAAUGUCCUUACCCAGGCUGACAAUCGAAAUAUCGAUUUUAAUAACAAACAAGAUCUUAUCGAUUUAUUACCAAGGAGGGCUUCUUUAAUCUCUUAAAAUACUCUUAACACAUAACUAAAACACAGUGAUAAUAACCAUCUGUAAAUACACCUGAUUUAUUGCUAUAUAAUCACUUUCUAUCACUAUCCUAUAACAAAAGUCAAACAUAGAGUCCCAGCUUACCAAAAGUACAUUCUUAGAACGUUUCCAUCACGUUCCAUUUUGGUGAAACGUGAAAGAACAUGACAUUGUUCAGUUUUCUUAACAUUCCCAGAAUAAUUUUCUUAGGAUAGAAGAAUGUUCUCAGAUCAUAAACGUUCUAGGAAUGUUUUCUUAGGAUAUUCUGAAGAGGUUUCUAUAUUGACUUUUAUAUGGUUUUCUUAUCGUUCUUAGGAUGUUAUUGGUAAAUUAGUAAAUUGGUUGUAGGAAUGAUGCAUUGGUACAGCCCCUGAAUGUUAAAACAAACAUUUUUUUCUUUAGUCACUAGAACAUUGUUCAGUACUUUACCUCCACCUCAUUCACACUGACAAUUUUCUUUAUCUUUGAAUGUUCUGAGAACAUUGACAGGUUCCGUUUUAUUAGUGUUCAUAGACCAUAUGCAGUAAAUUAGUAGAAUGUCCCCAGUAACAUAAUCUCAACCUUUAUUCUCAUAAAUAAUGAAACAUUCUAAAGAAACACUCACAUGACAAAAAAGGUGUCCUGGGUAAAGAAUGUGCGGAUAAAAAUAACAAAGUAAAUGAAAAUCAAAACGAACAUAAACGUGCACUAACGAGAACAAAAGAAGUGCAACAUUAAUGAUCAGCAACGGUCGUGUGAACAGAAAAGGCUUAAAUAGGCACAGUAUAAGGACAUAACAUGACAAAGGUGUCGUGGCCAGCGAGGCAGACACAGAAAUAACCAACACAAUUAACAUGAGACAAACAUGAUUGAAACAUAAACACAAGCCUCAUGUUACGCCGCUGCCGUUUAAAUGAAGCUACCAGCAGCGGAGCAGCGUGACAAACGUCUCCUGUGUACUUCAGUGCUGUGCUUUAAUGGUCCAUAUUUAGUGAGUCUAGUUCUGGCAGACAUUCCUAUUGACUUAUAAUAUUGUUUUCUAAAUAUUUGUUCCUAAAUAUUUGUAUCAAUUUGAAACCCAUUUUGUAGUUCAUUCAGUAAUUGAUUAACCAAUGACGAUGCCAUCUCUGUCGAAAUAACACUAUGCCAUCAAUGCAUGAAUAAUGGACUUUAGGGAAAGUCCUUAAGUUUUGUUGUUGAGAAACAACUGUUUGCUCAGUUAAAUAGAAAUACAUUUAGUUCAAGUUAGUAAACUAUUGUUAUUCCUUCAUAUAAUUCUCAACAAAAAGCCUUACAUAUAAUACGAGGUAAAAGUUGUGAAAUAUCAGAAACCAUAUUUUACUCUAUGUCUGACCUUCUGAGGUGACAGAUCUUUGUGGAAUGGACUGCCUUCUCAGCUUGUCUAUACAUUUUUAACGGUCCAACCUCCUUGGUAACAGUCAGUGUGAAACAUUCAUACUUUUCCAAACCUUGAAGAAAGUGUUUUAUGCAAUGUCCAGAUUACAUCUUAGUAAACAGUAAAUGGUCUUAAAUAUUGACUUAAUUUACUGAAUAAUAUUAUUUCAAAGAAGCUUGAAUGCUUCAAAAGCUUUCUUAUGCCAACUCCAAUCUACCCCCAUUAAACAUUAUUUUAAAAAGAAAAUGUUAAAAUCCAUUAACGUGAAUUUAAGAACGUUUCCUCCUAACAUUGACAGGACCUUUAUGCUAGCCAAGGUUGUGGGACUGUUUCCUGUUAGCUGAGGAUGUACCAUUAUAGGCAUUACAGCAAUAGAGUAAAUGGAAGGUGUGGUCUGAUAUGCAAAUGACAUGUACAAAUGUAACAUUCCUAUCAUACCUAAAUACAGUGUCACUGCAUGCAAAUAUGAACAGUAUGAACUAACUAGAUUAGCCUUUUUCUUAUUUAGAGACUUGGGUAGAGAACAGAUACUGGAGUGGCUGAUAGAAAACACAUAUACCAACUUAUACUAAAAAAAAAAAACAUUAUCCCACCCCUCCAAGUGUAUUACUCAUACAAGAUGGAGAUAUCAGAUCCGUAACCAUAUGUUGUCUAAACGUGUUUUAAAAAGAGCACAUUGUUAGCCUAACAUAUAAUUGUUAAACAUCAACAAAAGAAAAAACAAACAAACAAACAAAAAAACAGUUGACAGUGUAGUGUUAACGUUUUAAAAAGUUUAAAAGAUUUACAGAGCUUCUGUGUGGAACUAUGUGUAAUCGGAUAUGGACACGUACAAAUGUUAAAUGAUAACCGAAUACGUACUACCUUCACCUUAUCUGGACCUUUCUGUGACCUACUGCAUUCGGAUCACUCCAGAUAACGUUUUAAAAGAGAAUUUCUGCUCGAGCAUUUCCAGAGCAGAUUACAAGAGAGACGCUUUUACUCAGUUUUCUCCCCAGACAGGAAUGCAUCAAUAAUCUUACAACACUGGACAUUCAACAACAAGGUAACUGAAAUGAUACGUAUUUCUGUGGUUUCAGUAGUCCAACCUCGUUUUUUAAGUAUUCCCCUAAACCCCUCUCCCAUGUUAAGGACGUUCGGUAUUGUCAGAAUUGUUUCUUUUUCCUUUUUUUUUUUUAUCGUACUGGCGUGGCUCUAAUUGUAACUGAAUGUGGGUGCCUGUUCUUACUGGUUCAAAAUUGAAUGUUAAACUAGUUUGCUAAAUCGCUGAAUCAUGGGGCAUAUUCUGAGAGGGCCUUCCUAUCCCAGAGAUGCUUCUAGAUUAAAACCGAUGGAUUAGCGUUACUUUUUAUAUCCAACUCAAUAUGGAUACCCGGACAGGGAGCCGUUGCUAAUUCAGGCCUCUAAAAACGUCUUUCUAUGGACAUUAAUCGAUUAUCAAAAAAGUAAAGUGGGAUUUCGGUUCACCAAGACUCUUGGUGCCUCGUGUACAAUCUGAACUCCACUGGCCUUUCGCGAUCGCGCCAGCAGUACGAGAAGCGACCCGUUCACGCAGACAGCGCGUGGCCAGUUUACGCCAUGCCUUCCAAAUAGCGGCAGGUCCGACUUUGGUAACGUGUAGAUUUUACGAUAUAUGGAAGAUGGUCUCUACCUCCUGGCCAACUCUUACCAGCCAGGAGCGGGACACUCGCUGCAGUCCACUGACAAGAAAAGACUUGGGUUCUUUUGAUUAAAGCACAAAAAAAAAAAAGAAAAAAAAAGAAUCAAGCCACUGAGUGUUUUACAAAUCUCCAGUCGUAAGCGUCCCUGACCCUCCCUCUCUCUCACCGUUUGUGAGAAUGGCCUUGUUCUUUCUAAAUCUUUUUCAGCUGUUUUAAUAUUGGCAUUUUAACAUGAAAUUUCAAAGCCAUAAUUAUGGGCUCACGAUGUAGUAUCACACAUCAUGUAAUGUAAAUAGCAUGUACAUAUUAGUCAGUUAUUGCCCAUGCUAGACAUUUCCCCUUAAAUAUGCUCUGCUAUAAGAUUCUCUACACAUAUUUAACUAUUUAAAGAGGGAAUGAGCAUUAUUAGCUAAGAAAGCUUUUAGUCACUGAUGCUUUGAAAACAUUUAUCUGACAUAGGUGUCAGGCAGCUGGUGUGUCAUUUCUUAAAGUGUCGAUCUGUUUAAGCAAUAUUAAGUGCAAAGCCUAUGCACACACACACACCUUAGUCGCUUAUUUACUGACUGUAGUGGUGUUUUUACGGGGUUUCCUUGGUAGGGUUUGCAUGGCCAUGACCUGCAGCAUGCUUUGAGUAACCUUUUUUUCACAUAAAAGAAAUUCUAUUAAAAAAAAUACUGAUGUCCAAUUAAACACAUCGGUGCAAAGUUACUUGGCCCAAUUCUUAAGCUUUCUGAUGUUAACGUGUGCAAAUCAACCCUGAUACAGAAUGCAUCGUUCUAGGUGCACUGAGUGUCCGUGCCGUUGCCCCGUGCCUAAUUUCCAAGGUAAUGAAAGAGCGAUUAUACAAGGGGGUUGAUCCCUGAAGGCUUGGACAUGUUUAUGUGCGUUGGGGCCUCCAGUAGGUGUGAGGAAAAGCCUUUAUCGGGGGUCUGGACUACGAAAACAUCCGAAAACCUCUUCCUUUGAGUUUACUAUAGGUCAGGCUAUUAAAGCUGCAAGGUGUUGCUUUUUUGUAGCAGUAAGGCGCCCAGAUGAACACAUGCUGGUACUGUCUGCAGGUGCCGCACGUACCCCACCCAGAAGGUCAGGGGAAUGGGGUUAGACCUAGCACGGCACCGCAGGGCCUGUGAGGACUCCGGGAGCAAUCCCUAACUAUUAAAAAUGUUUGGAUGACACUAAAGUAGAGUGUUACAUUAAACCCUGAGCACAUUUUCAAUAGAACAGAGGAGAAAUGUGAUGAAACCCUGCACAAAAAUCAACCAGGGCAAUCUGUGCAUGGUGGUAAUAUUCCAGUGAGCAUGACGGAUUGACAGCUCUGUUACAGACUCGCAGCUGCAAGGGAGAACUGGAGUAAAAGCAUUGUAAAUGUGCGGACCCAGUGAGCAGGAGGCCAGUGCAAAUAUAUCUGAAAUUAAGGCACCAGGUUGGUCUUGGAUGUGGGGUUUGAGCGAAUAUUAAGAUUUGAUCUUUUUCUAUCAGGUUAAAAAUGAAACUAGACAGAGUUAAAAAAUCAUGUAGAUUUCACUGCAUAAUAAUUUAGCCUAGAAUUGGCUACCUUUGAAUAUUGCUGUAGUUGUCUGAUCUAAUACCUGUUUUGAUACAUAUAGAAUUAGCUUUGGAUUCUGUACUCUGAAGAUGCCCUGAUAUGUGUGAGACUGUGCGAUCUCUAAAAUCAAAUUUAGGUCUGCACACAAUCUGUUACUCUAAGACAAUCACUACAAUAUCUCAAUCCACGUAAACAAACAUGACAAGCAAUGUUUCGGUUCGACAGCUCAGCCGUGUGUGCCCCCUUACAAGAACCGACCCAAAGACGCAAAUUCCACUGUUCGCUUGGCUCACGCUUUUGCUUGCUAGGAACCUCGGUAGCUUGAGCGGGAGUGCGGAGUGUGUGGGAGGGACCUCAGCUUUCUGAGCUUCAGCUCUUGGGUUCUGGCCCUCGGACAGUCUGGGGCCCUGUCUGGGCUGACUACAAGGCCCUAGUCCACAGUUUUAAGUUCUGAUUGUGCUGUAGAUGCAGUGGGAUCAUUUCACUUGCGCUGAUCUUUGCUAACUAACAAACUCAUUGUCUCAGUCAAACACUUCCCUGUAACCAGCGUCCAAAAUUAACACCGGCCAUAUGCCAAAUGGGGUAAAAACAUACUUUGCUGGAAUAAGAAAAAUUUGGUGGCCAGUAGCUUUGCUUCUUUUGGAACACUUGGCUUAAAUCAAUGUGUAAGAAUUAUAUGACUUUCACCCCGACAGAACCCAUGGAACGGUCAUGAAUUACAGAAAAAAGUAGCCACAUACUACAGAAAUGGUCUGUGAUUGGCCAUUGGGGAACUAUUGGGGAACUAUCUGAUAAUGAAAGUUGCGACUCUGAUUGUAAGGCUAAAAUGACAAACUUGUACUACUAAAAAAAACAUCAGGUAAUGACUUUUAAUGAAAUAACACACAAUGCAGUUUUAUGGUUGGUAAAUAAAAAAACAAUUUUAGCCAAUAAAAUAGAUUCAAUUUACCUUCCAAUGGAAAUAGGUCAAAACGUUCAUUUUGGACCCUGGAUGGAACACAGCGACACACCAGUGAAGCAGCGUUGUUUGAGAUGUAAUGCGAUAUCUUCACAAAUAUCAUAGAAACGAACUGUAUUUGCUGAAGCGUAGCUGAAAUACACCAUGGACUCCGUUGAACCUAUGGACACUGCUAGUGGAACAUGCACCUCCUGUGUGAGACACAUGCUGUUUUGUUAAAUAUCUUGUGUACGCCACUAAGAUGCAUUGACUCUCCUCCACUCCUGUUUGUACCGUGUGCAGUAUGUGUGUAUCACGUAUGUACUACUGACAUUUUAAGAUGUGUAUUCAAUAUUGGCGCUGUAGGCUCGUGUAGGUGGGUGUGCAUGUAUGUAUGAACUCUGUGAUUACUAUAAGAAUACACUCUGCAUAAGUGAUAGGUGUUGAA